AAUCUUCUUCGUUUGCCAUUGCCAAAAUCCUUCUACUGCUACUCCAAAAUCGUGUCUUUUGCGCGAGCAGAAGUGUUCUCAACUCGAAAAUUUGAUGAUUUGACUCUUCAAUUUUUGUUAGAUAGUAUUCUAUAAAGCAAUGGAGCUUUGUUCUUCAUCUUCUUCAUCUUCUUCUCUCCUUCGCAUUUGUUCAUCUUCAGCACCUGAAAUCUCAUUCUCUUCUUCAAUCUCUCAGUUCCCAUCUAAAACCCAACUAAACCUCACAAAACCCAGAUUCCAAAAUCUCCGGAUUUGCGCUUCCGUGACGGCGGAGACUCAUCAAGGUCUCCCACGAGACAGUCCUCAACGUCUUCUCAAGGAGCUAGCUCAGCGUAAAACAGCGACAGGGCCGAAGAAGAAAGUACCACCGAAACGAUUCAUCUUAAGGCCACCAUUAGACGACAAGAAACUAGCUGAGAGAUUCCUCAAUAGUCCACAAUUGUCUCUAAAGUCGUUUCCUUUACUCAGCUCUUGUCUCCCAUCUUCAAAGCUUAACAACGCUGAUAAAACAUGGAUCGAUGAGUACCUUCUUGAAGUCAAACAAGCGUUAGGGUAUUCUCUGGAGCCUUCGGAGAGCUUAGGAGAUGAUAACCCUGCGAAACAUUUCGAUACGUUGCUCUAUCUUGCUUUCCAGCAUCCGUCUUGUGACAGGGCACGUGCGAGGCAUGUGAAGAAUGGGCACUCGAGGCUUUGGUUUCUGGGUCAGUAUGUGCUUGAGCUUGCUCUUACGGAGUUUUUCUUGCAGAGGUAUCCGAGGGAGUCUCCGGGGCCUAUGAGGGAGAGAGUGUUUGCUUUGAUUGGGAAGAGGUAUCUUCCAAAGUGGGUUAAAGCUGCGAGCUUGCAAAAUCUCAUCUUUCCUUAUGAUGAUAUGGAUAAGUUGAUUAGGAAAGAGCGUGAGCCUCCGGUUAAAUCUGUGUUCUGGGCUUUGUUUGGUGCCAUCUAUCUAUGCUAUGGGAUGCCAGAAGUGUAUCGUGUACUUUUUGAAGUGUUUGGGAUGGACCCAGAUGCAGAUGAAUGUCAGCCUCGAAGCAGGAGACAGCUCGAGGAUGUAGAUUAUGUUUCUGUUGAAUUUGAAGGCAAAAAGCUAGCUUGGCAAGAUAUUGCUACUUACAAGCCUCCUGAAGAUGCUUUAUUCGCACACCCGAGGCUAUUCAGAGCUUGUGUGCCUCCGGGAAUGCAUCGUUUCAGAGGGAACAUAUGGGAUUUUGACAGCAAACCCAAAGUUAUGCAGACCCUUGGAUACCCUUUACCGAUGAAUGAUAGAAUCAAGGAGAUAACCGAAGCAAGAAACAUCGAACUUGGACUCGGUUUACAGCUCUGCUUCUUGCAUCCUUCAAAACACAAGUUUGAACACCCGCGGUUUUGUUUUGAGCGGCUAGAAUACGUAGGACAGAAGAUACAGGAUAUAGCAAUGGCAGAACGUUUGUUAAUGAAGCACUUGGACGCACCAGGGAAGUGGUUGCAAGAGAAGCAUCGACGUCUAUUAAUGAACAAAUUCUGUGGGCGGUAUCUUAGAGAAAAACGUCUUCACAACUUUAUAAUAUACUCAGAGGAGGUUCAUGAUCGGUAUGAGCAUAACCGGAGACUAAGGAAUCCGGCAACAACCGCUGUUCAACAAGCCAUUCAUGGUCUUGCCUACACCAUCUAUGGAAAACCCGAUGUUCGGCGGCUCAUGUUCGAGGUUUUCGACUUUGAACAAAUCCAACCAAAAGCCGUCUGAAAACCUUAAGUCCUCCUAUCUCAUUUGUCUUGAUGUCUGUUAGUUUGCUUCUGGAUUUUGUUUCUGUAGUUAAAACUUAUUUACCUUUGGAACUUUGAUAAGGCUUCAAACAUAAGAUGAUGAUACCAAACUCUUUUUGUUUAUA